UCUUGAAUAGUUAGAGUAUGUGGUUCAAUGGUGCACAUAGUCGUGCAGACCGGGUCAAAGGGAGAAACAAGAAUUUACAGAUUUCAUGUGACUUAUUUGGAGCACAUUCAAGCUUGCUUGCAUUUAAAAGCGAUAAUUGUUUUGGAAAAAAGAUUUCAUUCGGACAACGGUAAAAAUAUUGCUGAAAAACUGAACGUACAAAAGAAAAUUCUCGAAAGCGGAUCAAGAUGCAGGAAGCUCAACCGAAGAGAGGCAAGAAAGCCAGAAGAAAGCGCAAUGAUAGUGAUGAGGAUAUUGAAAAAGAGUUGGCCAAAUUGGAAUUGGAGUAUUCUGGGCAACAGAAAGAAGUUCCAAGCGAACCAGUCGAACAGCAAAGCGACGAUGAUGAUAAGGAUAAGAAGAAAAAAGAGAAGAAAGGUAAGAAAAAGGAAAAGGCUGAAGUUAUCGAUACAAAAGUAGAGGUGAAGACUACAGAAGAUUUGGAAGAGAAUAAUAUGGACCACGAGGUUGAAGUUAGUACUGUAAAAUCUGCUGCACAAAAGAAGAAAGAAAAGAAAGAGAGGGAGAAGCAAAAGAAAUUAGCUGCAAAGAAAGCAGAAAUAGCUAAAAAAGAAGAUGGAACAAAGAAAGAAGAAAACGAUAAUGAAAAUGAAGCAGAACCUCCAGUUAACGAAAUCAAGAAGGAAACUAAAAAAGAAACUAAAAAGCAAACAAAGAAGGAACCGAAGGAAGAGCCAGAGGUAAAAGUACCGGAUGCUGCUGAAGCGGACGCUGCUGAUGCUGCUGACGCGGACGCUGCUCCAGCCGAAGGCGAAGAUGGGAAGAAGAAGAAAAAGAAAGGAGCAAAGGAGGAGAUUAAAGAUAAGGACAAAGGCAAAGGUCCUGGGAAGAAGACUAUUGCUGCGAUGCAAGAAGCACUAAAGAAAUUAAAAGAGGUAGAAGAGAGAUUAAAACGGGAAGAGGAAGAGAGGCAGAAACAGGAGGAGUUGCGGCAGCAACAACGCCAGGAGCAAAUACGACUCGAACAGGAACGCAAAGAAAGGAAGAAACUUAAGGAGAAACAAAGGAAAGAGAGAUUAAAAGCGGAAGGGAAACUUUUAACAACAAAACAGAAACAGGACAGAGCGAGAGCGCAGGCUAUGAUCAACGCGUUCAAAGCUCAAGGUUUGGACUUCCCGGAUGUAGGAGAAAAGAAACCCAGACCAGGGACUCGUUUGAGACCGAAUAAGUUGAAACAACAAGUGAGUAUCGACGAGAAGGACGACGAUAAAAUGGACGAUAGUAUGGCAGAUGGAGAUAAAGUUGAGGUAGAGAUCGUAGAUCAGCAGAUGAAAGAAUCGGAAGAGAAAGCGGAGGAUGUUAAAGAUUCAUGGGAUGCUGAGAGUAGCGAAGCAGAACAAGAAGAAGAUAAGUCAGAUGAUUUACAAAAAUCUCCGGACAAGGAGGAAGAGACGAUCUUUCGAGAUGACAAGACAAAGGAAGAUGAGGAUGCUGGAGAGAAAGAUUCUUCGGAAAGUGAGUCGGAGAGUGAGAGUGCUACCGACUCGGAUUCCGAAGAGAGCGAGGAUGACAGUGGAUUGGAAGACAAAGUAUCGGAUGCAAUGAGAAAGAAGGAACGAGCUAAAGUACGCAUACAACUUCGACGGAUGGAAGCGGAAAAGAAGAAGUCGCUGGAUAAUCUCAGAGCAGCUGUAGUCUGCGUGUUGGGUCACGUAGAUACAGGUAAAACGAAGAUCCUCGACAAAUUGAGAAGAACGAACGUGCAAGACGGCGAAGCAGGAGGUAUCACACAACAAAUCGGUGCAACGAACGUACCCAUCGAAGCUAUUCAGGAAUCAACGAAACACGUUAAAGGAUUCGCUGACAAAGUAUUCAAAAUACCUGGACUCUUAAUUAUAGACACGCCUGGUCACGAAUCCUUUAGUAAUUUAAGAAACAGAGGGUCUUCUCUUUGUGAUAUAGCGAUAUUAGUAGUAGACAUUAUGCAUGGAUUAGAGCCACAGACUAUUGAAAGUAUUAAUCUUCUGAAAUCAAAGAAAUGUCCCUUUAUCGUUGCUUUAAAUAAAAUAGACAGAUUAUACGAUUGGCAAACUAUGAACCGGAAAGAUAUUCAAGAUAUUGUAAAAAGUCAAGCGAUCAAUACGCAACGAGAGUUCGAGAAACGUUCGAAGGAUGUGAUCGUACAGUUUGCCGAGCAAGGCCUCAAUGCUGCUUUGUUUUACGAAAAUCCUGAUUCCAGAAGUUACGUCUCCCUUGUUCCUACUAGCGCCAUCACAGGCGAGGGUAUGGGCAAUUUGUUAUCGUUAAUCGUGGACGCUUGCCAAGGUCCACUAGCCAAGAGACUUAUGUACAGCGACGAACUUCAAGCUACUGUUUUGGAAGUAAAAGCGUUACCGGGUCUGGGUACCACGAUAGAUUGUAUUCUAGUCAAUGGAAUGUUGAGGGAAGGUGAAACGAUGAUAGUCGCCGGCACUGAUGGUCCUAUAGUAACUCAGAUACGUUCGCUUUUAAUGCCACAACCGUUGAAGGAACUUAGAGUCAAAAGCGCUUACAUCGAACAUCGAGAAGUUCAAGCUGCACAAGGAGUGAAAAUCGCUGCGAAAGACUUGGAGAAAGCAAUCGCAGGGUUGAAUCUUCAAGUGGCUCAGAAGCCCGACGAAGUGGAAAUCUUGAAGGAAGAGAUCGCGAAAGAGUUAACCAGCGCUCUCGGCAAUAUUCGGCUCGCGGAACGCGGAGUGUACGUGCAGGCGUCAACUUUGGGGGCACUGGAAGCACUGUUAGACUUCUUGAAGACCAGCAAGAUACCGUACGCCGGAAUCCGUAUCGGUCCCGUGGUCAAGAAGGAUGUGAUGAAGGCGUCCAUCAUGUUGGAGCACGACAGUCAAUACGCAACGAUCCUCGCCUUCGACGUGAAAAUCGAAAGAGACGCCCAGGAGCUGGCCGACUCCCUCGGAGUGAAGAUCUUCCAGGCGGACAUCAUUUACCACCUGUUCGACAAGUUCACCGCGUACAGGGAAGAGCUGAAGCAACGCAAGCGAGACGAGAACAAGCACAUCGCCGUGUUCCCGUGCAAACUUCGCAUAUUGCCGCAGUACAUCUUCAACUCCCGCGACCCGAUCGUGAUGGGCGUGAUGGUCGAGGCUGGAAUCGUUAAGGAAGGAACGCCCCUUUGCGUACCCAGCAAAGACUUCGUCGAGUUGGGCAUGGUCACGAGCAUAGAGUACAACCACAAGCCGGUGGAGUCCGCGAGGAAGGGCCAGGAGGUUUGCGUGAAGAUCGAGCCGAUACCCGGCGAGGCGCCGAAAAUGUUCGGCCGCCACUUCGACGAGAAGGACUUCGUCAUCAGCAAGGUGAGUUCCCGCCGGUUCCGCGCGGACGACGCGGGUUCCAGCAGCGAGUUCUCGAGACGAGCGAUCGCUGGAAGACGCGCUGAUCUCAUUUCCUCGGCGAAACUUGUAAACGGGCGAACACGCGAUUCGAGCGCGAUCUUUGAGUCACCGAGGCCUUCGCAGCCCUGCAACGUUUUGAUGACAUGA